UUACUUCAGGUACAGUCUGGGUUGAAUUCACUGCCUUAUUGUCUACAUGGUGAUUAAAGAAAGUGAGACAACUAUCUUGCACUUCCAGUGUCAGUUUGAUGAGGUCAUACAGCAAGACUUCUGUGACUGUUCACACGUCUGUGUAACAUGGUGCCCUCUCCUUCCUGAUGCAGGGAACCCAGCUGGAACAUACACAGUUUCUGGAGUCACUGUGGGAGCUCAGUCUCAGGAGAGUGUAACUCUCUCCUCUCGGAGCCUCUGUGCUCUUACUGGAUCUACAGUAAAAAUCCCCUGCAAAUAUACAUCUAGUUCCUCCAGUGACAGACCGAGAGAGUGGUAUCAGGUCCAGAGAUCUGAUGGAGAACCACAAGACCUGAGUAAAGAUCCUCAAUAUUUAGGACGAGUGUCUGUAAGCACACAGUGGAAUGACUGUACACUGACAAUGAACAACGUGAAAGUAAGUGACUCUGGAGUUUAUAACUUCAGAUUUAGAACAUGGAGGAAUAAAUGGAUAUCUGCUUCAUCUGGAGUUACUCUAACUAUUACAGAUCUGAAGGUUACGAGACCAAACACAUAUAGAUGGAGAACCACACUGAACUGCAGCUCCACCUGCACGCUGCCCAACAACCCCACCUACAUCUGGUACUGGAAUGGACAGCCUGUAUAUAACCAGGACACUAAUGAACUGUAUAUGUAUGACUAUAGUGGUGCAGGCAGCUACUCCUGUGCUGUAAGAGGAUAUGAGGAGCUCCGCUCUCCUGCUGUCUGUGUCGGUGUUUCUACAGAUAAUUGGAGAUACUGGAGUGUGACUUACUAUAGCCAGAAAAUCUGCUCUCUGAUUGGCUCAUCUGUGGACCUGCACUGUUACUAUACCUACCCUAAUAACCAGAAGGUCACAAAAUCAUUUUGGUUCAUUACAGAGCAGCAGGUUGGUGUUGAACCUGUGGAUGUGAGAGAGGAAGAGGAGUAUGAGGGGAGAGUGCAGUAUAGACAGAGCUUCCAGAAUGACUGUAGUAUGACAGUCACUCACCUGAGAGAGAGUGACGCUCACACAUACAGGUUCAGAUUCCACACUGAUAGUACUGCGGGGAAAUACACUGGACAUCCUGGAGUAUCUCUCUCUGUCACAGAUCUGAAGAUUACAGUAUCAGACAGAAGUAGUCGAAAGCACCUGAUCUGCAGCUCCACCUGCACGCUGCCCAACAACCCCACCUACAUCUGGUACAGGAAUGGACAGCCUGUAUAUAACCAGAACACUAAUGGACUGUAUGUGUAUGGCAGUAGUGAGGAUGCAGGCAGCUACUCCUGUGCUGUAAGAGGAUAUGAGCACCUUACUGGCAGCUUCUAUCAGAUAAAAAGUGUUUAUGGAAAGGACAGCUGCUGGAGUGUAACUUACGUCACCCAGAGCAUCUGUGCUCUGAUUGGUUCAUCAGUGGACAUACGCGGUUACUACACCUUCCCGGAUCAGCAGCCCACCCCCCAACCUGCCUGGUACGCCAGACUCCACCCACAGGUCAAAGAGCUGAGUCAUGCUGAUGACCGAGUGGAGGUUUUCAGUCACAGAGCUAAUGUGAACACACUAAGACUGAAACAUCUCACAGAGAUUGACUCAGCAGAAUAUCUCCUCCGAUUUAAAGCCCCCUACAUGAUACACACAGACAGCUCUGCUGGUGUGUCUCUCUCUGUCACAGGCCUGAAGGUGAAUGUGGACUCUCCAGCAGUCCCAGGAUCAGAGGGACAGACAGUAACACUGAGCUGCAGCUCCACCUGCACUCUGCCCUACAACCCCACCUACAUCUGGUACAAGAACGGACAGCGUGUGUCUCACUGCACAUCUGUCUCCUGCUCUGUAUCUGCAGUUAGGGAUGCAGUCAGUUAUAGCUGUGCUACUGAAGGCAAUGAGAACCUCCUCUCUCCUCCUGUGUAUGCCCCUAGAAACACCAGAGCUUUGAUGGUUUCCUCUGGAGAGAGAGUGGAGGGAGAUUCAGUGACUCUGACCUGCAGCAGUGAGGCAAACCCUCCUGUUCUCACCUACUCCUGGUUUAAGCAGAGAGCAGCUGCAGACACACUGCUGGCAACAGACCAGAAUUACAGCAUCACCAACAUCAGCUCCCAGCACAGUGGACUCUACUACUGCACCGCUCACAACCAGCUGGGACAGCACAACUCCACCACCACCCUGCUGGUUGUGUUAUAUCCCCCUAGAAACACCAGAGCAUUGAUGGUUCCCUCUGGAGAGAGAGUGGAAGGAGAUUCAGUGACUCUGACCUGCAGCAGUGAGGCAAACCCUCCUGUUCUCACCUACUCCUGGUUUAAGCAGAGAGCAGCUGCAGACACACUGCUGCCAACAGGCCAGAAUUACAGCAUCUCCAACAUCAGCUCCCAGCACAGUGGACUCUACUACUGCACCGCUCACAACCAGCUGGGACAGCACAACUCCACCACCACCCUGCUGGAUGUGUUAUACCCUCCCAGAGUUCCGUCUGUUACUGACCGUGUGUCUGGUGACUCGGUGACACUGCUGUGCUACAGUGACUCCAACCCCAUCAGUAAUUACUCCUGGUACAAGAAGACAGGAAGUGGUGUUAUACUGUUGGGAAACAGCACCAAUUUAACUUUGGCUACAGGAGCAGUUGGACUUUUCUUUUGCACAGCUCAGAACCAAUUUGGAUCAAUGGACUCGUCAGAAUAUUCAGUUCCAACAGGGAACCCAGCUGGGACAUACGCAGCUUCUGGAGUCACUGUGGUUUUCUUUCUGACUCUCAUUGCUGUCUGUCUAUGGAUGAGGAGGGGAUCUGCAGCUGUCAGCAGAAGGAGUGAGGAGACCAGCACAAAUCAUGACACUGCUCCUGUAUAUGAUAAUAUCUCAGCCCUGACUAAGACCUGUGACUCCACAGUAUCUUCAGAUGAUCAGGAUGAAGUUCACUACUCCAGUGUUCAUUUCACACACUCCCACACACAGGAAGUGCUCUACUCCACUGUUCAACUGCCAAAGGCUCUUAAUCAAGGAGAGGAAGUAGAGUACGCCACAGUGAACAGCACCAAAACAAAAGUCUCCCCACAGUAGGCUAUGCAAAUGGCAUAGUUCAUUAUGUCUGUAUCACUGUUACACAUGGAGUGUAAGUUAUUUCUGAAGCAAAUAAUACAAUAAAGUCAACUGACUAAAUAAAUAUAAUUACAGCCCUUUUCCUAAGUUCUUCUUUAGCAAACAACAUAAAUUAUCUGAAAACAACAGCAAAUAAUGUUAUUAUCCAUCUUUAAAUAAUUCUAUAUAUAAAGUAUGUUUGUAUUGUUGCAUUUGAAAGUGGUGUAAUUUUGAUUUUCAGUCUGAAUUUUUAUUUUCUCAUGAGGUGAGUAUGGUUUAUACUGUACUGGUAAAUGCUUGCUUUAAAUACUGGGAUUAUUCUUCCUGUCAUAUAUCCUUUACUGCAAGACCUUUGUAAUAUUUUGUAAUAUUUUUGUAAUUUUUGUAAUAUUUAUGAUAAAUUCGUACAGGAUAUGAAAUUGCAAUAUAAAUUACAGAGAUGGUAAUGGCUACUCAUUUUAUACAUUGCUGUCAUGUAGCUUUUACUGAUCAGAACUACAAAACAUUACUGCUGUAUGAAAUAUUGUUAUCAGUCUAGUGCUUUAUAAAACAGGAGACUUGAAUUUGGUCUAAAUUCCUCACUCACUUAUCUGUAAUCACCACACAUUCUACCCUCCUAAUAUUCUCUGCCACUCCAUUGCCAACUCAUGUAAAACUUUCUAUAUCCGCCACUGAUGGCUGUUCCCAUGGGAUUAGAGUAACCUGGUGUUAUUUCUACUGGUCAGUUUAGGUAAAAGGUGCCAGAAUAUUGAUGAGGCAGCAGUCUGUAAAAAUAACUGACAUUGUGAAUUUGAUCAAAACAAAAGUAUUUGAGGAACUCUUGCUGCCCAUUUAAAACUUGACAUGUCCUAAUGUGGCUUUAGAGGGUAAGCAUAAACUUUUUAUUCAAAAUUAAAGUCUUGAAAAUAUGUUUUUUUGUUUCAUGCUGAAUGCAGUUUUUUUUUAUCCAUGUAAAGCUACAUGAGUUAGUACAUUUGCUCAGGGGAUAACAUGACCUCAGUCUUGUGAAAUUACCCAGCAAGGACUAAACUCCAAUCUACAGCACAGUCCAAGAACCUGAGAAAAGCUUCACCCACCUUCAGACUCCAACACCUCCAGAUAUAA